GCGCGGGCUCAGGUGAGCGCUCUUCGGUGGUGCUGUCUGGCUGGCUCCUAGAGCCCUGGUGCGGAAGCUGCGCGAACUGUGGGGGCUCAGUUCCCCGUGUGACCUUGGACCAGGCUUUCACCAAGCUUCCGCGACCGCAGCGGUGAAAUGGAGGCAGGACGGUCCGCUGAGAGUUGGUACCAGUAGAGGGGUCGGCAAGGAAACCGCAGCCUUCCUCAGUUCUCUCUUCCCCAGGACAUUGUUAGUGGACCGCGAGUCAUGGGAGUGCUUAACAGUUCGAGUGACCUUGGGCGAAUCCCUUGUUUUGACGUUCUUCUACUUAUGUGAUGGACUAACCUCUUCGAAUAUCCCUGUACUAUUUUGGUGUUCCUGAUGCAGACAAAAAAAAAGUAGCAGGAAGGCAAGAUGACUUCCCUGCUCCAAGAUUGGAACAGCUGAAGAAAUCACAAGACAAAAUGAGAACCACAAAGGUCUACAAACUUGUCAUCCACAAGAAGGGCUUUGGGGGCAGUGAUGAUGAGCUAGUCGUGAACCCUAAAGUAUUUCCUCACAUCAAACUUGGAGACAUUGUGGAGAUUGCUCACCCCAAUGAUGAGUACAGUCCUUUGCUUUUGCAAGUCAAGUCUCUUAAGGAAGAUUUACAGAAAGAAACUAUCAGUGUGGACCAGACUGUGACUCAAGUAUUCCGGCUAAGACCUUAUCAAGAUGUCUAUGUGAAUGUUGUAGACCCCAAGGAUGUGACUCUUGACCUGGUGGAAUUGACUUUUAAGGAUCAGUAUAUUGGCCGUGGGGAUAUGUGGCGACUAAAGAAAAGUUUGGUGAGCACCUGUGCCUAUAUCACUCAAAAAGUGGAAUUUGCUGGCAUCAGGGCACAGGCUGGUGAGCUGUGGGUCAAGAAUGAGAAGGUCAUGUGUGGUUACAUUAGUGAAGAGACCAGGGUGGUGUUCCGUUCUACGUCGGCUAUGGUUUACAUAUUUAUUCAGAUGAGCUGUGAAAUGUGGGAUUUUGAUAUUUAUGGGGAUCUGUACUUUGAGAAAGCUGUGAACGGUUUCCUCGCCGACCUGUUUACUAAAUGGAAGUCAGAUGAAUUUCCUGAAGUGAACCGAGCUUCAAUUCAAGAGGAUCACAAAGGGAGAUUCUAUGAGGACUUUUACAAAGUGGUGGUGCAGAAUGAGAGAAGGGAAGAGUGGACUUCACUCCUCGUGACCAUUAAAAAACUCUUCAUCCAGUAUCCAGUGUUGGUGCGACUGGAACAGGCAGGGGGCUUUCCUCAAGGAGACAAUUCUACCUCAGCACAAGGAAACUACCUAGAGGCCAUCAACUUGUCAUUCAAUGUGUUUGACAAGCACUACAUCAACCGAAACUUUGACCGAACUGGGCAGAUGUCUGUGGUGAUCACGCCAGGGGUGGGUGUCUUUGAAGUGGACCGCCUACUCAUGAUCUUGACCAAGCAGCGGAUGAUUGAUAAUGGAAUUGGUGUGGAUUUAGUGUGCAUGGGAGAGCAGCCAUUACAUGCUGUGCCAUUAUUCAAGCUACACAACCGGAGUGUUCCGAGGGAUUCUCGACUGGGUGAUGAUUAUAAUAUUCCUCACUGGAUAAACCACAGUUUCUACACAUCCAAAAGCCAGCUCUUUUGUAACAGUUUCACUCCACGGAUAAAACUAGCAGGGAAGAAGUCUGCCUCUGAGAAAACCAAAAGUGGUCGGGAUCCAUCUCUCGGGACUCCAAAGGAAUCUGAAAACACCCUUCCCAUCCAAGUAGAUUAUGAUGCCUACGAUGCUCAAGUGUUCAGGCUGCCUGGCCCAUCCCGGGCUCAGCGCCUCGCCACCUGCAGGUCUGUGAGAGAACAGGAGAAUCACAGUCGCAAAAGUGCGAGCUCCUGUGAUGUCUCAUCCAGCCCUUCCCUGCCAAGCCGUGCACUGCCCACUGAGGAAGUGAGGAGCCAGGCUUCUGAUGACAGCUCCCUGGGCAAGAGCACCAACAUCCUGAUGAUCCCUAACCCCCACCUGCACCAGUAUGAAGUCAGCAGCUCACUGGGCUACACCAGCACCCGAGAUGUCCUGGAGAACAUGAUAGAACCUCCACAGAGGGACUCGAGUGCACCAGGAAGGUUCCAUGUGGGUAGUGCAGAGUCCAUGCUCCACGUCCGACCUGGAGGAUACACGCCUCAGAGAGCGCUGAUUAACCCCUUCGCCCCCUCGAGGAUGCCCAUGAAGCUCACCUCCAACAGAAGGCGCUGGAUGCACACUUUUCCUGUAGGCCCAUCUGGAGAGGCCAUCCAGAUCCAUCAUCAGACCCGGCAAAACAUGGCAGAGCUGCAGGGCAGCAGGCAGAGGGACCCCACCCACUCCUCUGCAGAGCUGUUGGAGUUGGCAUACCAUGAAGCUGCCGGAAGGCACAGCACUUCCCGCCAGCCUGGUGACAGCAUGUCCUUGAACUUCAGUGGAACGGAAGAGCUUUCUGUCAGCCUGCUUAGCAACAGCAGUACAGGUGUGACUCCUAGGACCCAGAACAAGGACUCUCUAGAGGACAGUGUUUCUACCUCUCCAGACCCAAUGCCAGGCUUCUGUUGCACAGUUGGAGUGGACUGGAAGUCUCUUACUACUCCUGCAUGCCUUCCCCUCACCACUGACUACUUCCCGGACCGUCAGGGCCUGCAGAAUGACUACACAGAGGGCUGCUAUGAUCUCCUCCCAGAAGCAGACAUGGACAGGAGGGAUGAGGAGGGUGUUCAAAUGACAGCCCAGCAAGUGUUUGAAGAGUUCAUUUGCCAGCGUCUCAUGCAGGGUUACCAAAUCAUAGUACAGCCAAAGGCCCAGAAACCCAACACCACAGUCCCACCCCCAUUGAGCAGUAGCCCACUCUAUAGCAGAGGCCUUGUGUCCCGAAACCGCCCUGAGGAGGAAGGCCAGUAUUGGCUGAGUAUGGGCAGAACUUUCCAUAAGGUGACACUCAAGGACAAGAUGAUCACAGUAACUCGUUACCUUCCCAAGUACCCUUAUGAAUCUGCCCAGAUCCAUUACACCUACAGCCUCUGCCCUUCCCACUCUGACUCGGAGUUUGUCUCCUGUUGGGUGGAUUUCUGCCACGAACGGCUCGAGGAAUACAAGUGGAAUUACUUAGAUCAGUAUAUUUGUUCUGCUGGCUCUGAAGACUUCAGCUUAAUCGAGUCUCUGAAGUUCUGGAGAACCCGAUUUUUACUACUGCCAGCCUGUGUUACUGCCACCAAGCGCAUCACAGAAGGGGAGGUGCACUGUGACAUCUAUGGGGACAAACCCCGUGCAGAUGAAGAUGAGUGGCAGCUUCUAGAUGGCUUUAUUCGCUUUGUAGAGGGCUUAAAUCGCAUCCGCAGGCGCCACCGCUCAGACCGCAUGAUUCGGAAGGGGACUGCCAUGAAAGGCUUGCAGAUGACCGGGCCCAUCUCUGCACACUCUCUCGAGUCAACAGGCCCUCCAGUCGGCAAGAAAGGAACCUCAGCUCUGUCUGCCCUGUUGGAGAUGGAAGCUAGUCAGAAGAGCCUAGGAGAACAGCAGACGACUGUGCACGGAAAAAGCUCCACUCAGCCAGCUGAGAACAGCAGUGUUGCCAUGACUCCCACCUAUGUGGACAGCCCACGCAAGGACGGGGCCUUCUUUAUGGAGUUUGUCCGCAGCCCACGCACAGCAUCAUCUGCCUUCUACCCUCAGGCAUCUGUGGACCAAACAGCUCCUCUGGUGUUAGACAGCACCAGUUUAGGGGUCAGCACAUGCCAGCCCAUGGAUAGAGGCAACAACCAGACCUUUGGGAACGCCCAGAACUUAGAACAGGCCUUUCCCUCUGCAAACUCUGGUGACUACAGCUCUCAGCAGCAUGUAGCAAGCUCUCUAACGUCGUCUUCUACGCUGGUGGAGAUUCUGGAAGCCAUGAAGCAUCCCUCGACAGGAGUCCAGCUGCUGUCUGAACAGAAGGGCCUUUCACCGUGCUGCUUCAUCAGUGCUGAGGUCGUACACUGGUUGAUGAACAACGUGGAAGGGGUCCAGACGCAGGCGAUGGGCAUAGACAUCAUGCAGAAAAUGCUGGAAGAGCAGCUCAUAACGCAUGCAUCUGGUGAAGCAUGGCGGACCUUCAUCUAUGGCUUCUAUUUCUACAAGAUAGUAAUGGACAAAGAACCGGAAAGAGUGGCUAUGCAACAGCCCUCUGCCCCCUGGCACACAGCAGGAGCGGAUGACUUUGCCAGCUUCCAACGCAAGUGGUUUGAGGUGGCCUUUGUGGCAGAAGAGCUUGUGCACUCUGAGAUUCCUGCCUUCCUCCUGCCCUGGCUACCUAGCCGGCCAGCCUCUUAUGCAAGCAGACACAGCUCCUUUAGCCGAAGUUUUGGAGGACGGAGCCAGGCGGCUGCGCUGUUAGCUGCCACUGUCCCAGAGCAGAGGACUGUGACCCUGGAUGUUGAUGUGAACAACCGAACGGACCGGCUGGAAUGGUGCAGCUGUUACUACCAUGGAAACUUCUCUCUCAAUGCGGCCUUUGAGAUCAAGCUACACUGGAUGGCAGUGACUGCCACAGUACUGUUUGAGAUGGUCCAAGGUUGGCAUCGAAAAGCUACCUCCUGUGGCUUCUUGCUGGUCCCAGUUUUGGAGGGUCCUUUUGCACUGCCCAGUUACCUGUAUGGUGAUCCCCUGAGGGCCCAGCUCUUCAUCCCACUCAACCUCAGCUGCUUGCUCAAGGAGGGCAGCGAGCACCUGUUCGAUAGCUUUGAACCAGAGACAUAUUGGGAUCGAAUGCACCUUUUCCAGGAAGCCAUUGCACACAGGUUUGGAUUUGUGCAAGAUAAAUACUCUGUCUCCGCUUUUAACUUCCCUGCUGAGAAUAAGCCACAGUAUAUCCAUGUCACAGGAACGGUGUUCCUUCAGCUGCCGUACUCGAAACGCAAGUUUUCUGGGCAGCAGCGGCGGCGACGGAACUCUACCAGCUCCACCAACCAAAACAUGUUCUGUGAGGAGCGGGUUGGCUACAACUGGGCCUACAACACCAUGCUGACCAAGACAUGGCGCUCUAGUGCCACAGGGGACGAGAAGUUCGCUGAUCGGCUGCUGAAGGACUUCACGGAUUUCUGCAUCAACCGUGACAACCGACUGGUCACAUUCUGGACAAACUGCCUGGAGAAGAUGCAUGCCAGUGCUCCAUGAAGCCAGGCUGCUCCUCUUUAAGAGAGGCUGUGGGUAUGCUGGAGCUGGCCUUCCGGUCAGGCUCUGGGCAGCAGGUGUCAGGCUGCUCCUGUCAGUGAGUGGGGCCACUGCUGAUACUUGGCCUCUGCACAAGUGUGAGUGAGGAGAAAGAUUGGAAGCAGCUGCUGCCGCUACCGCCAACCAGAUCUUGCCAUCCUGUCCCUGAAGCAGGGGGAGGCACAGAUUGUCCGUGGGAGGAAGUCAGUGUCUGGGAGUGGGGUAGGCCGCUUCCAUUAGGGUCCUUUUCCUUCACCAGCAGUGGGAUAUUCAGAACAGAACCUCCUGCUUUCUGCCCAAGAGUGUGUGUGUGUAUAAGAUAAAUCUGUGGCAUAAUGUACCAUUGGCUUACACCAGCUGUACAUAUGUGUACAUAUCAGAAUCUAAUAAAGCCCUCCCUUCCCCUCUCCCUCCCCCAGUGUCUGUUCCCAGC